AUACAUCUAGCAAUACGUAUUUUUGUCAUUCUAAAUUGACUGUUGGUGCCGAUAAUAGGUGCCUAUUGUCACUUUAAAUUAUACCGAUAGUUUUAUGACAUAUGCGUGAGCGAAGUAAAUUAAAAGUGUUCUGGAAAUUCUAAAGAAAUGUCAGCUGAGAAAGGAUAUCGGUCAGAUUUAAAGGGUGUUUUAAAGUUUUUAUUGGACCAUACUAAAAAUGAAGAUGCUAAAGGGACGACAUGCCAAGAAAUGGAUAUAGAGAAAAGACAGUUCCUCGAAUCAGCUUUAAAUACUAUGACUACAGAUGUCAUGAAAGAGUUUCAGAAUGCAAUAUCCAUUUUAGACGACCAAGAAUCAACAGUUACUGACAAAGUUAAUGCUUUGAAUAUAAUCAGGGAGAGUAUUGACGACAUAGACUUUGCAAAUAGUUUCGUGAAAGCUGGCGGCUCUGCAUAUUUAAUUCAAAACCUAAAUCACACAGAUUGUGAAAUAAUAAGUUUAGCUGCCUACAUAAUUGCAGAAAUGUCACAAAAUAACCCAGUAUGUCAAAAGCAUUUUGUUGAUGCAAAAACAAUUCCAGCACUUAUAAGAUAUUUAAAUCAAUCGGAUGAAGCUGCAACCAGUAGUUUACAUGCAAUAUCAUCUUUAUUACAAAAUUUCGAACCUGGCCUAGUGGAGUUUGUGAACGUAGAUGGGAUACAAAUUUUAUUAACCUGUUUGAAUGUAAACAAUGCAAAAAUGUUUGUAAGAGUUUGUUUCUUAAUCGGAAAAUUAGCAGAACGACAAGAUUUGCGAGUUGUGAUAUUGUUUGUUUAUUUUUCAGAUGAAUUGGUAGAAAAAUCAGCGAUUAAGAGAUUAAUAAAAUGUUUACCUGUGAGUUUUGAUGGAUAUAAUAGCAGACUGGAAACUUUGCUUUAUGCACUUUCUGAACUUUCAAAAAGUAAUAAGUGGAUGAUUGAAGAAAGUCAAGGAGAAAAAUUGAAAAAACUGGCUACUAGUGUUGUUGAAAAUAUUAAUAGUGUAGAAGAAUAUGAGUUGAAAAUCGUAGAAGGAUAUUAACUCGAUUCGUUAGAAAAAAUAUGCGGUUGAAGUACUAUUGAAUACCUGUAAAUACUAAAAUUUCGAUUUCCAUAACUUUUUUAAUGAAGGAAUUAUUAUUUAUUUAAAAAAAUUAGUAUGUGAUUUAUUUAUACGUUGAAUUAAUACAAUUUGCAUACUCUUGAAACAUGUUGCUAUAGAGUGUAAUAGUUUAGUUCACUUUAAAGUUGAGAGAGCUUUAAAAGAGCCAGGGACAAAUUUAUACGAUGGGCGUGACACCGCCUACUUUUAAGUGAAAUCACAUAUCCCAAGACCCGCCCGGCAAAUUUUAACCAAAAUUGGUACGUGACAUUUCACACAAUUUUAAAUUCCAUUAGGUACUUACUUUUCUGUGUACAAAUCAAAAAUGAAUUAUUAUAACGGGUUAAAACUUUGCACGAAUAGCCUAGGUACCGAAUAUGUGAAUCCCAGUGUCUAUAAUUGGCUUUUUACCGAAAAUAUCGUUCAAUGUGUGAGAUAUAAAAUUGAAAUUCAGAGAAAAUCCUUUCCGGAUUAUGCUAAGUCUGUGUGCUAAAAAUGGGUGUAAUCGGGUCAAUAUUUUCUUUAGCCACCAUAUAUACCUAAUAUAAAGAUUUUCAAAUUUCCGGUUGACUUUAUACCGCAUAGCUUGACUUAUUUUCUCCAGAAAUAGGUAGAAGAAGUCACACGAAAGAGAGUCGCUCUGUCUGAAACCUCAUUUGGUAUCGAGCGGGUCGGAGAGGUUCUUCCCGAUCCUAACGGAGCUUUCGGUGUUGCUCAACGUCAGUUUACACAGCGGCACAAAGGCAGCUCCUUUUCGUGCUGUCAAAGGCAGUUUUGAAAUCGACGAAGAGAUGGUGAGUGUCGAUUCUCUUUUCACUGGUCUUUUCCAAGACGCAUGGUGAAUAUUUGGUCAGUUGUUGAUUUGCAGAUCUAAAGCCACACUGAUAAGGGCCAAUACCCACAAAUACCCUCGAGACUUAUACGCGAUGUUAAGGAGGCUUAUCCCACGGUAGUUGACGCAGAUUGCGUAGAUUGGGCGAGCACACUUCAAAUCACUAUUGUGACAAUUAGAGACAUGGGACAAUCGUCUCACGCAGAAUACCGAUAUAAAACUUAUAAUAUUUGAGCUACAGUGUCGCGCUCACACAAGUUUAAGUAGGUCACCAAACCAGUUGCUUAAGGAGGUAUUCUACCCUAGAAAUCAAAUUUUGGGCAGUUUUUUGAAUUUUAUUAAAAAAAAAAAAAAAAUAUUUUUACUAUCCAUUUUGUAUGGUGUUUUUAUUGAUAUAUUAAGAAUACAUGAAAAAAAUUUACAAAAAAUAUUAAAAAUUAAAAUAAUUAGAGGGGGGAGAGACAGGUGUAAAAAAUGGCGCAUCCUGAUGACAUUGAUCCUGACUCUACUGGUGGUCUGAAAAAAAAGUCAAAAGAAAUUCUUAAUCAAUAAGGAUGCUGUUAUAGUUCCUACCUCAGGGAACACGAAAAACAAUUUUUUGAAAAAUGGCGACUGCCUGAAAAUAUAAAUCAUUUCAUGAAUUUUUUAAAAUAUAAAAAAAAAUGGAUUAAGGAUUAUAUAAAGAUAAAGGAUAAAGGAUUAUAUAAAGAAGGUUCACACAAAAUUUCAAGUAAAUCGGUUGUAUAGGACUUGAGAUAAUGCCGGUACCGUGUCGAAAAAAUUAGUUUUGAGAAAAACGCGUUUAAAAAAGUGAGUCUACCUACCUACCGGGCUAGGUACUGCAUCACUAAAGUAACUGUAGCUCUUAAAAUAAUUUUAAUUUGUAAAAGUCCUUUGGAUAUAUGAAAAAAAUCGAUUUUUUUUUAAAUUAUACAGUAUAAUACCCCUUAAAGUUGUGAUCGCCUUCUCACAGUAUUGAUCAAAUAUUACCCGUAAGAAGUGGCAUGGAAACUGAAUAAUGGGAAAGAGGCCUUCUACAUCGAGAGAAUCGUUUGAAGGAAAUGAUUUGAGAGGGAUGCGCCACCUAUAGCAAGCGUUCAGGUUCUGUGUAUAGAAGAAAUUUCUAUGGUACUUAAUGAGAUGCCUUGUAUGAUUGACUCUCGUUUGCGCCAACUGAACAGACCGGAGUCUUGUUUUGGUGGGUCACAGUUGUUCAAAAUUGAAAUGUUCGUUGCUACCAAAGGAGGACAACAACAUUAUAUUUAAACCUUUUAUAUGUAUGUAUAUUUCACAAAUGUUAAAUAAGAUAAGAAAAAUCUUACUAUUGAUACAGUCCACAUAUAUUAGAUAAGGCAGAGGCAGUACAAAACAUACAUUGUUUGAGUUAUAGAAUCAAACUGUUUGAUUUGUAAGAUCAAACAUUAAAACAUAAAUAAGAUUCUUUAGAUCCUCAUCACUGGUGGGGGGAAAACAAAAACCUUAUUCAAGCUGAUAGAUAUUUCAUUCUAAUUUUAUUUUUAAAUUUGUAAACCUUAUAUACUAUUUUUGAGCUCUUAGUUAUCUAAUUUAAUAUAUACAUAUAUAUGUAUGUACAGCACACCACAUGGGGUUGUUUUCAACCAUACAUAUGUGUGUGUGUGUGUUGUCAUAUAUACUCGUAUUUAUGUUGCAUGGUUUGGGUUGUUUUCAAGUGCAUAUGUGCAUUUGUAAUCAAUUGCCCAAACCUAAGUAAAUAUGUUUAUUCAGGGGUGUUGUGGAAUCCAAGACAGAAUUGCUUAGCUGUGAGAAUUGCAAAUCAAUUCUGUUUAUCAAUGGUGUCACAGAAUCUGAUUGGAUUUUCGUCUUUUCGAACAUACGCAAAACCAAUAUUCGAACCAGCUGUUUACUAAUGUGACAAAGCUUGCAAAUGCAUACAUUUGGAAGCAAUCCUAUUAAAGUUUUUAAUGAGUUCCGAAUUAAAGAAAGAUUUUAAGAGAUGAUAUUUAUCAAAUGAAUAAAGAGGCAUUAGGGUGUUAAGUUACGUUUAUUACGUUUUGUAAAUCUUCUUUAAAGGGGGAGCUUGCUUUAGAAGCUUCAAAAAAUUGAAUUAUUAAGCAAAAAACAAUUAAUCUCUUUAAAAAUUAUCUUAGAAUAUGUCACUAAAGUUAUAGAUGGGAAUUCAGAAUAUUCUCGAAGCUAGAAGAGAAAUAGUGACCGAGCGUCUGGCAGAUACUUACAUAUGUAUGAGCGCUUGGGCAGAGAGUUAAAACUUUCACUCGGUUUUUCAUUUUUACGAUUUUUUUUAAUUGGCGGGCAGGAUUGAAAAAAACGAAACGUAUGGAAUUGUGGCAAAGUUUAUUAUCUUUGGCAUUAAAUUAUCUUCUAUUUAAACUUAAACAAACUAAGAAAAGUUAAGUUUGAACAUAUGUUUAAACAACAUAAAGUAACAUUUGUUUUGGUGAUAACUAUAAACCCUAGAAAUUUCGCUUUAUUGAAUUAUUUCUUUCCCUCCCAAAAAAACAUCUUUGAAGCCUCUAAAGUAGGCUCCCUCCUUAAAUAUCUGCAUUUUUUUCCAAAACUCAAUAAUUAAGACAUUUCGUUUCAUUUUAUUCUCAUGUUUUAUCCUAUAGAAAUAAAGAUAAAUCAAUUCGUAACAAUAAAAUAACUUGAUUUCUUAACAUCCAUUUCAAAUCUGUAUGCGACUAUCUUCUUGUUUUGUUUCUGACAGCAAAACCAAUAAAAUUGGUUUCCGUGACACCCAAAACCGAUACAAAUUCUGUUUCGAAUAUCAAACCAAUAAUGUCUGAAUUCAUGACACCUAUUGCUUUUUUUGAUCAGUUUCAAUUCUGAUUCCGACAACUAUCAGAUUCCACAACACCCCUGAUUAUAUUUUUUGAGUGCAUGCAUAUUACAUAUUAAUGCAUACGUGCCUCAUACAUGUAUGUAUGUUGCAUAUAAAUGCAUAUAUUUUUAUACUCUCGCAACAAAGUUGCUAAAGAGAGUAUUAUAGUUUUGUUCACAUAACGGUUGUUUGUAAGUUCUAAAACUAAAAGAGUCAGAUAUAGGGUUAUAUAUACCAAAGUGAUCAGGGUGACGAGUAGAGUUGAAAUCCGGAUGUCUGUCUGUCCGUCCGUCCGUCUGUCCGUCCGUCCGUGCAAGCUGUAACUUGAGUAAAAAUUGAGAUAUCAUGAUGAAACUUGGUACACGUAUUUCUUGGCUCCAUAAGAAGGUUAAGUUCGAAGAUGGGCAAAAUCGGCCCACUGCCACGCCCACAAAAUGGCGGAAACCAAAAACCUAUAAAGUGUCAUAACUAAGCCAUAAAUAAAGAUAUUAAAAUGAAAUUUGGCACAAAGGAUCACAUUAGGGAGGAGCAUAUUUGGAAGUAAUUUUUUUGGAAAAGUGGGCGUGGCCCCGCCCCCUACUAAGUUUUUUGUACAUAUCUCGGAAACUACUAUAGCUAUGUCAACCAAACUCUAUAGAGUCGUUUCCUUCAGGCAUUUCCAUAUACAGUUCAAAAAUGGAAGAAAUCGGAUAAUAACCACGCCCACCUCCCAUACAAAGGUUAUGUUGAAAAUCACUAAAAGUGCGUUAACCGACUAACAAAAAACGUCAGAAACACGAAAUUUUACGGAAGAAAUGGCAGAAGGAAGCCGCAUUCAGGCUUUUUUUUAAAAAUUGAAAAUGGGCGUGGCUUCGCCCACUUAUGGACCAAAAACCAUAUCUCAGGAACUAAUCGACCGAUUUCAAUGAAUUUCGGUAUAUAAUAUUUUCUUAACACUCUGAUAACAUGUACGAAAUAUGGGUGAAAUCGGUUCACAACCACGCCUUCUUCCCAUAUAACGCUAUUUUGAAUUCCAUCUGAUGCCUUCUCUGUAUAAUAUAUACAUAGGAAGCAAUGAUGAUAGCCGAAUAAAACUUUACACAAAUACGGUAUUUGAGCUGAGGUAUCCCUUGUGGAAAAAUUGUCGUGAUCGGACUAUAACUUUUCAAGGUCCCUGAUAUCGAACACGAAGAACUCAGUGCCUAACCUAACCUAACCUAAUUUUUCACCGAAAAUAUCGGCAAAUCUCUCAGAAUUUAAUUCUAAUUAAUUUUACAGCAAAAUAAAAAAAUAUGUAAAUGACGGAUACUUAAAUCUCGAUUAUCACUUUAUCAAGCGAGAGUAUAAAAUGUUCGGUGACACCCGAAUUUAGCCCUUCCUUACUUGUUAUGUAUUUAUUUAUGUAAGUUAAGUUCUUCUUUAUUGAGUUUUUAAAAGAAACGGAAACAUAGAAUCUUAAAAAUACCCUAAGCUAGCUGUGGUUCAACGGCAGCGGCGUCGGCAGAGUUUAACGGAUGUUGAAUGGUCAGCAGAAUUGAAGUUGAUUAUUGUUGUUGAUAUUAUUAUUUAUUGAUCAGCAAUAAUGUCGAUCAAAUUUGGGAGUUGCAGCGGAUGUUUGUUUAUGUUAUUCAACUUUAACAACAACAUUGUUGCAAUGGUUGUUGUUAUGUUGAAAUAAAUAUUUGUUGUGUCAACUUUUAAGUUAUUGAACUUUAACAACUACAAUGUCGCAAUGAAUAUUGUUGAAAUAAAUACUUGUUGUAUUAACUUGUAUGUUUUGUAUUGGCUCUGCCUUAUCUAAUAUAUGUGGACUGUAUUAUUAUUAUUACAAUAGUAAGAUUUUUCUUAUCUUAUUUAACAUUUGUGAAAUAUAUAAAAGUUUUAAAUAUAAUGUUGUUGUCCGUCCUUUGGUAGCAACGAACAUGUUUUCCCGGGCGACAAAAGUAACUACAGUUUGUGAUCGUGUCAUGUUGGUCAACUAAGUGACGUUCACGAAGGCUAUGCGCCUUUCUAUGCUGAAUUAAUGAUAGUUUGCUCAUAACUAUUUCUUCAAAUUCGCUAUAAAGGUAUCUUGCCGACUUUUCUUCUUUUACAUCGGACGACGGUGUACCUUUGAUGUGACCCUUCUUUGUUCGCACUUUAGUCUUCUCCUUUUCAGUGCAUUCGUCUUUCGGUGAUUGUUGUAUGUGUUUGGUUCGUAGACAUCUCACCCAUUUCCUCUUCUUGGCUUUUGGAUUCAGUACUGCAUCUUCCGCUGUCAUACCUCCAUCGUCAGCGUCUUUAAUUGUCAUGUCUUCCUUUGGCUCUUCAUCAGGCGGGUCAAGAUCCAUUGUUGCAUCUGUAACAAGACUCCCUCCUUCCUCCGAAGUGAGGACUCCCCCGGGAAAUAAAACGCCUCUUAAAGUCUUCUCUUCUCGUAUGUGAUAAAAUUCAUUGUUUAAAGUCAUUAUCUAAAUUUUUAGCUCUCCAAGAUUCUUUUUGUUCUUCUGAUUUCUUUUUUUCUGCCAGGAUUCAUGGUUUUUUACCCCAUUUAGUUGUCGACUCUUCCGUUGUGUCAUCAACUUCAACAUCCCUUUCUGCAAGAUCUAUUAUAUCAUUUUUUGCAUUCUCCUCAAUUUCCAAAGGAGACAUUUUAUUGUUUACAUCAUUAAAUGUGCAUUGCUCCUCAAAAGUAAUUUUCUCUACGCGCAGCUAUUACUUCAACAUCUCUUUCUGCAAGAUCUAUUAUCUCAUUUUUUGCAUUCUCCUCAAUUUCCAAAGGAGACAUUUUCUUGUUCACAUCAUUAAAUGUGCAUUUCUCCUCAAAAGUAAUUUCCUCUACGCGCAGCUUUCCAUCUUUUGAUAUGUCAUCGAGGUUUCUCGAAGGUUAUAUCUUCCACGCGCAGCUUUCCAAAGGCGAUGUCUUCUACGCGCAGCUUAUCUUCUUUCGAUAUGUCAUCAACGCAACACUUCUCGAAGAGUAUAUCUUCUACACGUAGCUUCUGAAAUGUAAUUUCUUCUAUGCGCAGCUUGCGUAUGUCAUCAACGCAUUGCUUUUCGAAACGUAUAUCUUCUAAUAUGUCAUCGACGAUAUAUGUGAACCUCAGUGCCAAGAACCAGUUGGUUAACAUCAGAUCAAUAGUUCUCUUAAAACCCGGUCAAUAUUUCUAGCUCCCAUUUACAUAAUAAUAGAUUAUAAUUUCUGGAAUACUUUAUACUAUAGUAUCAGUAAAUUUGUAAGUCUUAAUUGAGCUUCUUUUUCUGGUAAUAAUAUGUCGUGAUGCCAAAAUGAAUCAAAUUGGACCAAUCUUAAUUCUGGGCCCAUAUAAAAAGGUCAAGCUUUCGGUUGGCUUUACAAUAUACAAUAUUGGUGCAUAAUAUAAAAUUUGAUAUAAGCAAAUUAAAUAUUAAACGAACCAAAAUUUAAUAAAAAAAAUUAAACUAAUUGGGUAUUUGAUCUCUAAUAUAAUAAUAAUUAUAACAAUCAUGAUGGACCACCCUAUUUCAAGAUUGUCUACUUUUUUAAAGAAAAAGCAUUGAAACUUCAAAUUUAAUAGGGAAUGCUUAUUAUCAUUCGAGAAAACAUUCUUUGACAUUUAUUUCUUGAAGAUUAUCUCUUUCAAAUAUUGGUCGUGGCCACCUCUCAUAUGUUUCAUCUUUCGUUCGAGCAUUUCGACAGGUAACUGUCGAUGGCAUGUCUGAUAUUUUGCACCAAGGCCUGAAAAGAAGCGAGAUUGUCCGCAUAGACUUUAGACUUUACAUAUCCCCAAAGGAAAAAAUCUAAGGGUUUAUGUCAAACGAAGUUGGUGGCCAAUCGACCGUCCCAAAAGAGAUAUUAUCUGCUUACCGAAGUGUUCUAUCAAUAAAUCCAUUGAUUGAUGCGAUGAGUGAGAGGCAGCGCCGUCUUGUUUAAACCAAAUGUGGCCGAUAUCAGUGGCUUCAAUUUUCGGUUACGUUCUCACAGGCAUAAUUUUUUAAUAAAUAUGGAUCGAUGAUUCCACAAACCACACCAAACCAUUGUUUUUUCUGAAUGAAAUGGCAACUCUUGAAUUUCUUCAGGUUGCUCUUGGUCCCAAAUCCAACAAUUUUUGUUGUUUACACACCCAUUGAGCCAGGAAUGGGUCUAGUCGUUGAACAAAAUUUGGCUCGAAAACGUCGGAUCUUCAUCGAACUUUUAAAGGUUGCGAUAGGGAUGGCACCGCUCUCAUUUGGAUAAAAUCACAUAUCUCCGUACCUACUCGACCAAUUGCAACUAACUUUGAUACUAGGGCUCUUUUAACAUUUUUACGUUACAUUAGCGCCAAAUUGGCAAAAUCGGAUAGCAAUCAGGCAUAUAACAAUCUUCCCGUUGUAGUAAAUGGUGCUUUAUAUACUGUAAAACAUUCUUUGAAAGAAUCCGACGGAAUUUAAAUUUUUUUUUUGUAAUUGGGAUCAAAACGCGUGAAUCCUGGCAGAAAAGAAGAAAUCAGAAGAACAAAAGGAAUCUUGGAAAGAUAGAAAUUUAGAUAAUGACUUUAAACAAGGAGUUUUAUUACAUACGGGAAGAGAAGACUUUAGGAGGCGUUUUAUUUCCCGGGAGAGUCCUCACUUCGGAGGAAGGAGGGAGUCUUGUUACAGAUGCAACAAUGGAUCUUGACCCGCCUGAUGAAGAGCCAAAUGAAGGCAUGACAAAUAAAGACGCUGACGAUGGAGGUAUGACAGCGGAAGAUGCAGUACUGAAUCCAAAAGCCAAGAAGAAGAAACUGAUAGGAAGUAGGUAAGACAAAUAUUAAAGUUUUCAAAUAUUUGAUAGACUACAACUUCCAGUCCCACGGAGUUCCGUGAUGGGAAUGCCAGCAGAAUCUUUGUUAAUGUGCCCAAAACAAACUAAAAAAAAAAAUCCUGCCCAUUUUUUGCCUUUUUUUAGUAUGAGUGAAAUAUCCCGAGAGGAGCUAUUUUGGAUUUGGUUGAGCAAGGGGAAAAGCGAAAAAACAGAAGCGGUUGAAAAGCACGUUAUAUCAAUUUUUAGACCAGAUGUUGACGAUACCAAAAUUAAAGGUCGUAUAAAAAAGCUUUGCUUCCAAUUUCAAUCGCGAUGGAGCAAAUCUCACAGUGAUAAAGCAAGAUUUAUGCAUGACAAUGCUAUUUGGCUAAGUUCAAAAAUUUCGGCUGUUGAUUUUGCUCUUGAUCACGCACCAUCAGCUUCAAAACAAAUACCUCAACGCGAAAGGCUAGAAAAAGAGUUUGCUGAAAGUACUUCGAGUACACAAAAACGGAAAUGCAAAGAGUUAAUAUCAAAUGUAGCUUCGGAACAAUUAACUAUGGCUACCGCAAUGUAUCUGAGAUCCUGUAGAAAACUCAGCAAACAUUGUCAAAGAGUUGUCGGCUUCAUCCCCUUCGAGAAGUACAGCUAUAAAAAGAGGAAGGGUAAGACUUACUGAAAAGAAAAGUCUUACACCAGAUCAAGCACUGGCCAUGAUCGUAGACGAAAAUUUAUCAACUCAGCAAUACCGUGGAAUUCGAUUGCAUACGAUACCAUACAGUCCGAAAUUGUAUCCAUGCUAUAACCUCGUUAAGCAAUCAAAAUUAUUGUGCUACCCAAGCCUUGUUACUGUUACUGAAACAUAUACCAAAAUCAAUUUGCAAUCCUUAAUAGACCACACGGUGAAAAGAGUAAUAGAUGCACAAUAUGAGGUUUUUAAGUCGUUCCCUGCCAUUCAGGAUCAAUUAAGCAUACUAAUAAAAUGGGGAUGCGAUGGAGCUGAACAGAACCGUUACAAGCAAAAAUUUUCGGAUGACAACAUGUCAGACAAAAGCAUGUUUUCUCUUUCGAUGGCGCCUCUUCAACUUAACUCUGGAGCUGAAGGAAGGAAACAUAUUUUUUGACAAAAUCCAGCUGCGUCUUCGACAAGAUAUUGUAGACCGAUCAAAUUUCACGAAAGAGACGCGUGAGGUCAUUAAAGCGGAAGUGGAGCAUAUUCGGCAGCAAAUUUCUGUUUUGAAACCAACUAGCUUUGAGCUUCACGGUUAUAGUUUCACGGUCAAUUUAAUUCUAUGUAUGAUUGACGGCAAAGUCUGCACCGCUCUUUCAAAUUACACGUUAUCGCAGGCGUGCUAUUUAUGUGGUGCAACUCCAAAAACUAUGAACGACAUGAAUGCCUUAUCACUGCGCGAAAUCGAUGAAAAUAUGCUUGCUGUUGGUCUUUUACCUCUACAUGCCUACAUAAGGUUUAUGGAGUGCUUGUUGCACAUUUCUUACCGAUUGGAAAUAGAAAAAUGGUACGUAUCAGGCGAUGAAAAUAAGGAGAGCGUUGCAAGAAGGAAGAAAAAAAUACAAGUUUAGGAACGAAAUGGGUCUUCUUGUGGAUAUGUCAAAACAGAAAACAGGAAACACAAAUGAUGGCAAUACGGCCAGAAGAUUUUUCAAAGAAACAAAAAAGACAUCGAAUAUUACAGGCAUAAAUGUCGAUCUGAUCAAGCGGUUUCUUUGCAUAAGCAGCGGCUAUUUUAUCAAUAUAUGUGUAUGCGUUCCAAAAUUUUGCGUCAGAAACAAGAGAGCUUUAUUUGAGUUUACAUCCUUGGUAUUAUAUGCCAGUAACUCUCCACAAAAUAUUGUUUCAUGGAGGAGCUAUGAUUUCUUCAUGCAUUCUUCCCAUAGGAAACUUUUCUGAGCGCAAGAAGCACGCAAUAAAGAGUCGAGACAGUAUCGCGAACUAUUCAUAAGAAAAACGUCCCGAGUUGACACCAACAUAGAUUUAUUGCAAAGGUUGCUUAUCACGUCAGACCCUUUGAUUGCAAGUUUACGUUUGCACCCAAAAACCAAGCCUUCUACUUUACCUUCUGAGGUCAUUGCACUUCUGCCUGACACCCAACUAAAUGAUGAAUUUGAUGAUUUAGUAUAAAAAACUUUGCUUGCAGCUCUCUGGAAUUUUUAUUUUUGUAUAAAUUCCUUAUUUUUUUUAUUUCUACUUUUCGCUUUUUACUUUUGUAUAAUUUGUAUACUCGUAUAAUUUCUUUAUUUUGGUUUUUGAUUAAUAUCUUAUUUUGAAUAUUUUCCAUUCUUUUAAGAACUUUCGUUGAAUGUUUUAGUUUUUCCUUUUUAUUAUGUUUUAGAUAUCAAUUAAUUUAACAUUGAAACAACAUUAACUUUUUAUUUUUCUCAUUUGCAAAGAAUCAUCGAAAACUAAAGUUCGAAACUUAAAGAAUUUUAUAGAAAUGGUUGUAUGUGGGUGAUUAUAUCAAUAUAUCGACAAGUUUUAGUUAGAAGAGAAAAAAAUAAGAAAUUUUGAAUAUGAAUGUGUAAAAAAAUUGUCCUCAACUAGUGUUUUUUGGAGGAUAUUUCGGAACUAGUCCCCUUUGACACUAGUUGGAACUAGUUGUCUUCCACCAUAUUGAAGCUUAUAAUCUUCUUAACGAUCGUGCCAAAUUUCAAGUUCAUAUCUCUACAACUUCAUAUAAAAAUUAAUUUUGAGAUGCUAGAUUGACUAAAUCUCACACUGUGCGUAGCAUCGGUUAAGAGCCGUUAUAAACCAGUUGAAGAAGCUUGGAGUCACUAAGAAGCUCGAUGUAUGGGUGCCACACGAAUUGACGCAAAAAAACAUCUUUGACCGUAUCGACGCAUGCGAAUCGCUUCUGAAUCGCAACAAAAUCGACCCGUUUUUGAAGCGUAUGGUGACUGGCGAUGAAAAGUGGGUCACUUACGAUAACGUAAGGCGCAAACGGUCGUGGUCGAAAAGCGGUGAAGCGGCCCAGACGGUGGCCAAGCCUGGAUUGACGGCCAGGAAGGUUCUUCUGUGUGUUUGGUGGGAUUGGCAGGGAAUAAUCCACUAUGAGCUGCUCCCCUAUGGCCAAACGCUCAAUUCGGACCUGUACUGCCAACAACUGGACCGCUUGAAGGCAGCACUCAUGCAGAAGAGGCCAUCUUUGAUCAACAGAGGCCGAAUUGUCUUUCAUUAGGACAACGCCAGGCCACACACAUCUUUAGUGACGCGCCAGAAGCUCCGUGAGCUCGGAUGGGAGGUGAUUACCACCUGUUUUUGUCCAUGGCGAACGCGCUUGGUAGUCUGAAGUUGGCCACAAGAGAGUCCUGUGAAAAUUGGCUCUCCGAGUUUUUUGCCAAUAGGGAAGCGAGCUUCUAAGAGAGGGGCAUUAUGAAGUUGGCAUCUCGUUGGGAACGCGUCAUCGAACAAAACGGCGCAUAUUUGACUUUAAUCGCAUUAUUGUAACCAAUUUUAUGAACAAUUGAAAAUUGUUUUUUUGUGAACAUUAAAAAAAAAUUAAGCAAAUCGGCUUAGUAGUUCGACCGGAGGCAUGUCCGCUAGUUUAUAAAAGUGUGUUUUGAGAAAAUCGCGUUUAAAGUUUGAGGAGUGCACUCCGAGCGCUCCGAACGUCGAGCGGUAUUAUUAUUUUGUGGAUCUUUUCCGAAACCUUCCAAUGGUAAAGUGGGUUUCUAUAUUAAUUCUAAGAGUAUAAAGGAACAGAAAAUACAAAAAAAAAAUUUUUGUUUUGAAAAAAAGAUUACCGUACUGACCCCUUAAUUAAGAGACUAUACUUACUUGCAACAUACACAUUUUUGUGAACUUUUUUGUUUUUUUUUUUU